AUAAUUAAAUUUCGUUAGUUUUACCUUAAUUUCCUCUUACUAAUAGGAAUGAAUCCCAUUCAAUUUGGCUAAGAUCAAAUUUACAACUUAGUUUGAAUAAGUUGACUUGAAACUGAAACUCUAAUUUAGUAGUUUGGCUUGAGAUUGAUUCGUUUAUUCAUUUGGUGAUCCUAUUUAUCCCACCAAGCAUAACUACAUUCAUCAUUUGACACUUUUUUACACCAUCUACAACCCCUAACAACACUAUUUACUAAUUUGAUUGAGCUUAAAUUCGAACAGGCUAUUAUACUUUCAAUCCAAGCUCAAGCUAGCAUGGCUCUAUAAGCUCAAGUAGGUCUGGCUCUGCUUGGAUUGAAUUCACCCGUACAAACUAAUUGCAAGCAAGUUGUCUUUUGCAGUGAUGCUCAAAUGGAUGAGGCGGUAAAAAUGCCCUUUACUGAGGUGAAAAAGUUCCCUAUAAAUAGGCUUACCCCAAUGACUUCUUAUAAAGUAUUUUUCUUAACAAAGAGUGAGGAUAAUGAGGGACUUGACCAAACGGUGAAGCUAAAACUCCUCCAGCCCAACCAAUCGACAGUUGAAAUCACACCAAACCAAGGUGGUGACUUUAAAACUCCCUAUGAUGAUAUGUACGGGGACAUGGAAUUUUCUAUAACAGAUAGUAAUACUGACCAUCAGAUGAAUCGACUUGUCGACUACAAAAUCCUCAUUAAGCCAGUAAUGAGGGGUUGGAAGGAGCUUAGUGGGGAGAAUGAAUGGCAUGGUCUCUUGGAUCCUCUCAACCUUGACCUUAGCAUGUCUAUAACUGAUUACGGUAAAAGACUCGAUGCUAUUUAUGACUGCAUAGCUAAAAAUGAAAAUUGUAAAGAAAAAGAGUUUUUUUUUUAAAUUUGGCCCAGACGAAGGUAAAACAGUGAAAGGCCAAACAUAUGAAGUGCAAAAGUUUAUCAAUUCAUACCUCAAAUUUUCUCCCUCGGUAGUUCAAAGCAAAUGUGAUUGGAUUGGUUAUGUGGCUGUGGCUACAAGUGAAGGAGUGAGGUUUUUAGGAAGGAGAGACAUUUUGGUUUGUUGGAGAGGAACUGUCAAUAUCGAGGAGUGGAAAAAGAAUAUAAAUUUAUUGCCAAUCCAUGCUGAACUCAUAUAUCCGAAUGUCCGAAGAGCUAAGGUGCACAAAGGAUUUUACUCUAUUUACACAGAGUCAAACAAAAAACACAAUAAGAAAAGUGCUCGAGACCAGGUUGUUGAUGAAGUUAAGGAGUUGGUAAAUAAAUACAGAGACGAAGAAGUGAGUAUAACAAUAACAGGACACAGUUUAGGCGCAGCUCUUGCUACAUUGAACGCAGCUGAUAUAGUUUCUCAUGGAUAUAAUAAGGAAUUCUUAGUCACGACCUUCGUGUUUGGGAGUCCUAAGGUCGGAAACAAAGCCUUCAAAACUGAAUUUAAUAAACAUGAGAAGCUACGUCUCUUGCGCGUUGAAAAUGCCAACGACUUAAUCACUAAGUUGCCACCCAAAUACUACGCUAAAGUGGGAAAGGAGAUAAGAUUUAACCGAACUAGUGCAAGUUUGAUCGAGAAUGGCAAGUCCAUUGAUCAUAGUUUGAAGAAUUAUGUUGAAGAACUUCGUGCACUACCGUAUCGCCCGUUCGCCCCCUCUCCAGCUACCAUAAGAAAAAGAAAAUCUCAAUUGCCCUCCUCAACUCACCAAAAACAACAAAAAACGUCCACUGGAGGAAGUGUCUGGGUUUUGUAUUUUCUUCCACCAUCUACUUAGCAAAUUAAUAAUAAUAAAUAAAUAAAUAAAUUCCUCCCUCUGAGGAACCGUGUUUAGGA